AUUAGUUUCAUUCGAAUGGAGUCGUUGUCGAACGUGUCCUACUCGAUGGUGGAGUCCACCACGGCCAUGACCCACUGGCCUGUGGAGUCCACCACGGCCAUGAUCCACUGGCCUGUGGAAUCCGAUUGGGACGGCUCCUACUCGUUUGUGGACACAUCCGAGUGGAUACCCUGCGAAGAGGGAUUCGCCUGGAGUGUGGAAAUGGGCGAGUGCCAGCCGGUGGUGGAGCCACGCAGCUAUAGGACCUGCCCCUGGGGCUACAAGAUGAAUGCGCGGUACAAGCAGUGCAUGCGCGUCAAGUACCACGGCAAGCAGCAGUGGGGCACCAUACGCAAGUGGUGGCACAAUCUCUUAAAUCCGCCGGUGCCGAGGAAGCCGCCACGGAAGAUACCGCCCACCAAGGCCACCACCGCGUACACCGGCGAAUGGUGGGGCUACAAUAGGGGCUAUGGCAAGGAUGUGCCACGACCCUGAUGGGAAGAAGGACCAAUAAAGAAUGGGAGCUCGGUCUCCGGUCU